ACAAUAGUGCAGGAGCCCGAGCCGCGCGGAUCGGCGGCGGCGGCGGAGGCGCGCGGAGUUGGACGGGGCACUAUGAACGAGGAGGAGCAGUUUGUAAACAUUGAUUUGAACGAUGACAACAUCUGCAGUGUUUGCAAGCUGGGAACGGACAGAGAAACCCUCUCCUUCUGCCACGUGUGUUUUGAGCUGAAUAUUGAGGGAAUACCAAAAUCUAAUCUCUUGCACACCACAUCAUUAAGGGGCCAUAAAGACUGCUUUGAAAAAUACCAUUUGAUUGCAAACCAGGAUUGUCCUCGAUCUAAGCUUUCAAAAAAUACUUACUAUGAAGACGUUAAAGCCAUUUUGAGUAAGAAGAUAAACUGGAUUGUACAGUACGCACAAAAUAAGGAUGUGGAUUCGGAUUCGGAAUGUUCCAAACCUCCCCAGCAUCACUUGUUUAAUUUCAGGCAUAAGCCAGAUAAAAAGCUACUCCCACAGUUUGACUCCCAAGUACCAAAGUAUUCUGCAAAAUGGCUAGAUGGAAGUACGGGUGGCCUCUCGGACUGUACACAAAGAAUAUUGCAGCAGAGGGAAAACUCGGACUUCGGGCUUGCUAUGUUACAAGGGUCAGGUGCCACUUUGUGCCACAAUAGUGUAUUGUGGCCUCCUAGUCACAACCAGGCACAGAAGAAAGAAGAGACCAUCUCUAAUCCAGAAGCUAGUGUCCAGACCCAGCAUCCACAUUACAGCAGAGAGGAAUUGAAUUCGAUGACUUCUGGUGAAGUAAAGCAACUGAAUGCAAAGCUCCAACAGCGAAUACAGGAAGUUUUUGAAGAGUUAACACGCCAAGUGCAAGAAAAAGAUUCUCUGGCCUCAGAGCUCCAUGUCCGCCACGUCGCCAUCGAACAGCUUCUCAAGAACUAUUCCAAGUUACCAUGUCUGCAAGUGGGGCGAACAGGAAUCAAGUCCCACCUGACAUAAGCAACGGAACUAAACUUACACUCACUUCCUAUGCCCUACCACUUCCUGGUCUGGCAGGCUUGCAAUGUGGUCAUUAAGUUUGCAGAACUUAAAGGCAGUAUUGAAUAUCUUUGUUAGAUAAAGUGGAUCGUCACACUCUAGUCUUCUAGGGUUAAUCAUUUUGGUUUAUUUGGGGAAUUUUUUUCCCUAUAAUUACUAAGUGGCCCUCCCUAACUUUUACCACAUGUGACUAUUUAAAUAUACUGUUAUAGUGUGAUUUUAUGAAACAUAGUUUAAUGUAAUUCACCUCUCAAAACAAUAGAAGGUUAACAAACACCUUAGAUUAGUCUGAACUACUAAAGAUAAAAAUUUUAAGAGGGAAGUUAAAUUCAUAAUAUCACCUCUUAUUUAUUAUAAGCAAUAUUUUAAUAUGAAAAUUUUAUAUAUAAAAAUGCUAUUUUAGGUACCUUUCCAUUCUCUUUAUAAAUGUGUAUUUGAAUGGCUCUGUGUAUUAUAUUUACACUUUCAUGUGUGAAUAUCUUACCCAUGUUUCAGAUCUUACUGCAUUUUAUUCUCUUAAUACACUGCUUUUACAACUGUUACCUUGUUUUCCAAAGAUAAAUGUAUUUUGGAGUAGAAAUCUAGUUGAAUUGUUUGACUUCUAAUAACUCUUAUAAAGAGGAAUUACAACUUUUUAAAGCAAAUAUUCAAGAAAAUAUAAUUUUUUCUAACAAAAGCAGUUCUGAGUUUGUUCAGGAAGAAAAUGCUAAUCUAGCUUUUGUAUGUCAAUAAGUCUACAUAGAAGUUAGAGCCUCUUCUGUUUCAUUAUUAUUUUCAUUCUACUAAAUUUGAUGUAUUAGAAUUUGAACAGAGUAAGUCAAGCCUCACUUGUAAGUCAAAUAGAUUAUCUUAAUAUUGAAUGUACAGUUAAAUUAUUGCCCUAUCUUUGAAAAAAUUAAAAUUAUUUUGUGUGCCACUUGGGAUCAAAGUUCAAGAAUCCUUGAACUGUCCAAAUUCUGUAUCACUGAAAUUAGUGCCCAAAUAAAGCAUUCUAGGGUAUUUUUCUAAACUUUGGAAUCUAAAGGGAAAGAAGAUUGCUUGACCCAGAAAAACAAAACUCUAAUUCAAAAAAAAGAAGCCCAGUUUUUUGUGUUUUUUUUUUUUCAUUUCAGAGAAACAAACGUCAAUUUGUUUUUCCACUUAUUUAUGCAUUCAUUGGUUGAUUUUUGGGGAUCAAACCCACAACCUUGGCAUAUUGGGAUGAUGCUCUAACCAGCUGGGCUACCCGGCCAGGGCUAAGAAGUUCAUUUUUAAAAGGAUUUUAUAUGUUGCCUAUGUUUCCAAAGAGCUCUGAACUAAUGGCUUGUCUCAAACAGCUAGAUAAGUUUUUAAUUUAUUAUAGUAAAUGCCUCAGCCAAUGUAGAAUUAAAAUGGGCUCUAAGUUCGUUUUCAGCUGGUGUUUAGAAUGUGUUUAUAAGGUAAGAUCCUUUGCUUGAAAGAAUCUUCAGGAAAGCCCAUAAUUUGGUAGCGCCAUGCACACAAAGAUAUAAAUGACUUCUGCCUUAAAUUUGGCAGCCUGCCCUGACUUGGGUCAGAUUUUAGUCGAACAGAAACGAUAUUUGACUAAAGCAAAGGAACACCUCAAAGUAGUAGAAACAACUUUUUAUAAUGCUAGAAUGUGUUAAAUUUGCCCAAGAGUAUUGCUUGAUAAUCUCAUUCGUUUUUGGGGUUUUUUUCUUUGAAGUAUGACAUAACUGCUUUUUUGGAGGGAGCUUUUGAAAGAUGCUUUCAGUUUCUCUCAAUUGUUUGAGUUAUCCAAAAUGAAUUUAAAACCCAGGUGUGGGGACACGUUGCCUUAGAGUUUGAUAAGCUUUAAAUUGAAUAUGUGCAAUAUCAAAAUCCAUAAAUUUACAAAUUAAAACCUUUUCCGAAUGAUGCCAGUAGGUAUCUCAGUGCUUAGUUGUUUUGGUCACAUUUCCAAAUUUGACUUGACUCUCUUUUGGCAGAAUUCAUUAUGGUUGUUACCAGCCAGUGUGCUUGCACAUAUUUGUGUUUCUAUUUAGAUCACUUUGGGACAGCCAUGAAAGUCUGGGAUGUGUUGCAUUUGAUGGUAGUCGCAUAUUUCCGGAAUGGGAGCCAUAUGGUGCAGCCCUGAACACAACAGUGCUAGCCAAAGAAAGUAUGUGCUUGCUUCUUAAAGAAUUUCUGGCAAAUGUGCAGGUUUACUAAUGAGUUAGGACAAUUAGAUGGGAUUGUGCAUGUGCCAAGGUCUUAAUUAGGGACUCUGAUUUAGCCCACUUAGAUAUUUCUACUUAAGAUCUUCAAGGGAAAGGUGCUCUUUAAAAAUGUCUGUGGUGCUGGUACUCACACUAGUACUUUAUUUGGAUAAAAUAUUCUAGUAAAAAAAAAUUAUUUUGCACAGCAGUUUUUCCAAAUAUUUGAUAAACUUAUUUUAUAUUCUAAUGUUAGUUUUCUUGGUUGAAUAUGAAAUUCCUGUAUAUUUUAAAAUAAGGCUAAGGGAUACUAACCUUGAGAGGCUAUGAAAUACCACAAAUAUUGGUUACCAUACUUGGCUGUUCUUCUGUACAGCUGGUGGUACUUUCUGAGGAAGUUUAGGAGAAAAUCUUACCUAUACUUUCAGUUUCAAAAAUGGCAAAAGAGAGGCAAGUUAUCUGUUGUUAAUUUCAAAGCUCAUAUGGUUAAGGGGAAUGAAUUAAGACUGAUUUUUAUGUUAUCCUAUAUAAUAAAAGGCAAGUAUGCAAAUCGAGUGAACAGCGGAACAACUGGUCACUAUGACGCACACUGACCACCAGGGGGGCAGACGCUCAGUGUAGAAGCUGCCUCCUGGUGGUCAGUGCACUCCCACAGGGAGGGGGAGAGCCACUCAGCCAGAAGCCGGGGCUCACGGCUGGUGAGCAGCAGCGGUGGCGGGAGCCUCUCUCGCCUCCACGGCAGACCCUCGGGGGAUGUCUGACUGUGAGAGGGCACAGGCUGGGCUGAGGGACCUCCCCACCCCCAGUGCACGAAUGUUGUGCACCGGGCCUCUAGCAGUUAAUAAUUAGACAAGUUUAAUUGAGUUUUUAAAAAACCAGUCUGAAGUCAAAGUGAUUGUGACUAUCCAAGAUUGUUCUCUUGAUUAAAAUUUUCAAAUCUGUUCAGACUUUUGUCAUCCUUUGGUCUUAGUAUAUAUAAUAUCCCAAUUUGUCUUUUUUUUUUUUUUUUUUUUUUAAGUCACGUACUUAAGAUCCCAGUAAUAGAUGAUGAGUCAGCAGAAUAAUAUUUUUUAGUUUCUUAUGCAUAAUGUUGGAGCAAAGAAAUGCUCUUAUUUUUUCAAAUUAUAUGCUCAAUUCACCACAGAGUGCCCAUUUUUAUAUAUAUUUGAGGAUUAUUUUUAAAAUAAGUUCAUGUUGGAAAGUAGUUUCAGAGAUACAGUCAAUAUAUUCUAUUUUGUUGGCAUCUUGACAUUUCCUCGGGUUUUUCAUUUUACUAUAUUCCUUACCACUGAAGAUGGCUUAAAGUGCUUGCUUUCUUUGUUUAUGUAUCUUUUACUUUGGAGUUUACAUUUAAGUCUGUUUUUGGGUCUAUUUGUGUAUGUUUGCCAUUUUGGGUUUUAUUUUGAUUUUUUAAAAGAAAUUUUCUUGCAUUAUUGUAAAAUGAAAUACAAAAUGUAUGUGCUCUAAAGUUAAGUAGGAACUUUUAAAGGAUAAAUUAUUUGUGUAGCUUAAUAGGAGGUUCAGGUUAGUGACCAUAAAAUUAGGUUACAUGACAUGAAAACUUUUAAAGGGUAUAGUGUAAAGUUUUUGUAGUGUUAUUUUUCUGAUUUGUGCUGGUAAGUUUACUGACAGAUGUUAUGGAUUAUGCUAAGGUAAGAUAUUUGAGUAUUUUCAAGUACUUAAUAAGAAGUUUAGUACUCUUAAAAAUUUCCUUAAAUAUAUUCAAAUGUGGCUGUAAAACAAAGAUAAUUGAUUUCAUUUCAGUGUUUAAUUGCAUUUUUCACUUUAGGUUGGUGGAAAUAGUUAUUUGAGAAAAUUUGUGGCAAAAAGCAGUAAGAGACAGAACUCAACAGGUUAUUCUUGCCAAGUUAAGUCUUUUGGUGAUGGGAUGAGAGAGGUCUGACUUACCUGAAUACAGAGGUAAUCAGGCUCUGGCACAAGUACAGGUGUCUUGGAGGAGGGAUAUACUGUGUGUGGAAUAACAAGGUUUUGUCUUGCGUCUCAGUAUUUUCAUUCCCUUCGUCCUUUCCUAAUUGUCCUUGCUAUAAAGUGGUCCAGUGUAUUAAGCACUUUGGUCAUGUUGCUGAGAACCACAUCACAGCAAGUCUCUAGCAUUAAGAUUUCUUUUAGCAUCUAGUUUGUAACAUACUUUUUCUAUUCUUUUUCGUUUAUGAGAGUCCAGAUUAUGACUGCAGUUAGCCAUACUGGAGUGAAACAAAAUCAUGGAAAUGAGUAUUGUCCACCCUCUUACCCCCCAGAAAGUGUUAGUUGAACUUCCCUCGCCUACACACGAGGCAAAGGGAAUUUUAGUAAAUACGUGUUUCUUAUUUCUUCCAAACAUGUAGAAUGCUUAUUUCCAUUCGACUACCUUGAAAAGAGGCCCUUUAGGAAAUGUUCAGUAACAACUUCUGUUUUAAAGCCAUUCCUAUUUUGACAAUAUGUUGUGUGUGUUAACCUUGCUUUAAGUCUGAGUAGCUUACACUAUGGUCAUUGAACUUAAUCUCUGUGGUGUUAGACAUUUAUUUCACAAAAUUGUGCUAAGACAUUUGGAAAAAGAAAAUUCAUUUGCAAUGGUGAGAACCAACUUGGUUUCAAAAAAGUUUAGACAAUACUUGGCUGUUACACUUUUCUUUUAAAACCGCAAUAAUUUACAUUUUUGUAUUGCUCUACUUUGGAACUGUAACUACUUAUGCUUGUCUACCAUUUUUUAUUUUAUAACAAUAAAACAAAUAUUUUGUUAUCUG